UAUACUUCUCAUUUUCAGAAGUGUGUUGUUAUUUUUGAUGUACACAAUUUAUAUGUAUACACCAGGUGAACUAAGGGGAGCGAAACACUGAAUGUUACACUGCCACCACGGGCUGUCGGGUUCACACUAUAUCCAACAUUUCUUCAAGCAUAUAUACUGGAUAAAUAUUCUGCACCUUACUCUGGUUUUUCAUAGUCGUCACCUGGUUCACACUCCUUCAUGAUCUGCAGCUCUGGUAUUCAGAAUUGUGUCUCUGCUUCACAGCCAACUGGCUUCUUCCCUCUUUUUCCAAGGUGGAAAAAAAUCAAUGGUAUUCAGUCUGCGUCUCCAGUUGGAUUCACAAAAGAGACUCAAGCAAAGGAGAGAAGAACACAGUGAUAUCUAUCAUUACUCCGAGAGAGAAGAAUGGAAAUGAAAAUUCAACUUAAAAUCUGCUUUCAGGUCAUAAUGUUGCUGUGCUCGGAUGUGGCCACAGGAAACAGUCCUACCUCACAGAUAACUGGCACACCCAUAUCUCAUACAAACCUCAUUUUUGAGAUCUUGUUGGCUGGGGUAGAAAUCGAUCAGGACAAUAACAUUGUACUGCUCGACAAGGAAAUGGCGUCAAUGAGGUCAGGGCAGACCUUCUUGUCUCAGAUAAAUGACAACAUUCCCAAAAACCUGCUCUCCGUGGUGGAGAUGGUGACCGCACUACUGGACCAGAGCUGGUCACUAACGCAAAUCCAGUUUGAGACAAUCGUCCUGACCAUGGUGUACUCGGCCCACCAAGCGAGGAAACAGGAAUCACGAGGGCAGCAAGAGGCGUGGGGUGAAGUACUUGUUCAGCUGGCUAACAUUACCGUCCAAGAACUACGUGGUCAUCAUCUCAUCUUUUAUGAAUAAUAUUCCCAGUGCAGCUUUCUGUGUGAAGAAUCUAUACUCAAUAAAUCACUUAUUCUAAAAACAA